UCAAUGUCGCUCCGGCGCUGAAGCCUGCAGUGCGCCUGUCGGUCUGGGAAUGAGCGCAACUUCCACACGCUCCUCUCUGCCAAGCCGCUGCUUCUUCUUUUUAUUCUCGCUUCAUUGGAAAGGCAAACGCCGGGAGGCUACUCACAGAGCCAGACGUGGGAUGGGCUCUAUGGCGGCCUUGCGGACAGUCCUGGUCCUGGGCCUGGUGACCGGACUGGCGGGAUGCGCCCCCGGCUUGAACGGCACGGCGGACUGCUGGGAGGCUCUCUACUCCCGGUCCCUGGCGCGGCUCCCGGGGGAGAAGCGGGAGGAGAUCAGCCGGGACGGCGACUAUCUCCUGGGCAUUAAAAGGUUGCGGCGCCUCUAUUGCAACGUGGGGAUCGGCUUUCAUAUUCAGGUGUUACCGGACGGCAGAAUAACGGGAGUACACAACGAAAAUCGCCACAGUCUUCUACAGAUCUCGCCGGUGGAGAGAGGAGUGGUCACUCUGCUGGGCGUUCGCAGCAGACUCUUUGUGGCCAUGAACCAGCGAGGAAAGCUCUAUGGAUCUUUACACUACAACAACGAGUGUAAGUUCAGAGAAAAGCUCCUCGCCAACAACUACAACGCCUACGAGUCGGUGGCCUAUCCGAGGAUGUUCAUCGGCCUGAGUAAGAACGGCAAAACAAAAAGAGGAAACCGAGUGUCCCCCGCCAUGACAGUGACGCAUUUCUUGCCAAGAAUAUAGUGGCCUCAUAAAUAGACUUCACCUCAAUAUAGAGACAGAGGAGGGGGGGGGGGGGAUCCAAACCAUGAUGCACUUUCACUCCAAACUUUAUGCAAGUGUAUCAUAUUUGAUCUUUUGCUUUGUAUAUAUUCAUUUUUUUAUAUUUAUGUUUAACAACAGUUUUGUAUUUUUUUAGGAGGGGUUGUCUUUUCCCUGUGUGUGUGUAGGUAGGUGUGUGUGUGUGUGGGGAAUUCACGCUAAACACGUUAUUUAUGAUUUCAUUUUUUAAUUUAUCAAAUAUUUGCUGCUACUGAAUGAAAUCCUGUCUUCGGAUGUUUGUUUCCUUUGCACUGAUGGUAAAGUACACAACAGUGCACUUGAGAUG